GCGCCCACUCUGGACCUCCACGUGGGAGUCCUUGAUGUGGAUUCUAGGGUCGGGAGGUGAAUCCGCUAUACUGGGACAGAGGAGCAGGAGAGCAGCUACUGGCCACAUUGUUGCUGAAUUGCCGUGCCAGCCAUGUCUGCCACCCAUCACAAGACCUCUCUGCCUCAGGGUGUCCGCCUGGGCACCGUCAUGAGAAUUCGAGGCGUGAUCCCUGACCAGGCUGGCAGGUUCCAUGUAAACCUGCUAUGCGGCGAGGAGCAAGAGGCAGACGCCGCCCUGCACUUUAACCCGAGGCUGGACACAUCCGAGGUUGUCUUCAACACCAAACAGCAAGGCAAAUGGGGCCGUGAGGAGCGGGGCACCGGCAUCCCCUUCCAGCGUGGACAGCCCUUUGAAUUGCUCCUCAUCGCCACAGAGGAAGGCUACAAGACUGUGAUCGGGGAUGACGAGUAUCUCCACUUCCACCACCGGAUGCCACCCUCUAACGUGCGCUCAGUGGAGGUGGGCGGAGACGUGCAGCUGCAUUCUGUGAAGAUCUUCUGAGCAAGGACCCAGGGGCUUGGCGAGUGGGGGUGGGGUGUCGUCAGAUCGUAGAGGAGGGUUGUGGAUGGCGAAUAAACUGUAGCCGUAGUUCC